AUGCGACAUCGCCACACUACUCCAUCAUCUGCUCCCCGCCUCGACAGUCUUGAAAAGGCUCGCCAAACGCUUCUGGAAAGGACUGCUCCGAAGUCCAGCUGUCUAUUGUGCACUGUGGACGAGAAUCGUGACAAUCACCAUUCCGGGAGAUGUCCACAGUUCCCGGAUCCAAUAUCCAAAACAACACAGGCGACAAAACUGAACCUGUACCUUCUCUGCCUAAAAACGGCACACGAAGACAUAUGUGGAGUGAAGUGUGGAAGUUGUUGUCUUGGCCACAAUUUCCUGCUUUGCUCCUCCAAAAGACCGCAGCCGCCCACGAAGCGGCCAUACAAGAAGGAGGCACUAUCUCAGCGCCGUCAUCAUCAUCAACAAGCCACAAGCCGUCAUCAAUACACCUGCACCAAGCUGAAUUCUCAAGUCACCGUCAGCAAUCCACUAUCAACCCAACGUCAGCCCACCACUCACGCCACUCCACAAAACUCCGCAACAGUCGAGCCGUACGAAGGAAAAGAUUUGUCGAAGCAGAACUUGUUUCGCAAAUUAUUACUUUGUGCUGUUGUCGCUCACGCCAGUAUCAUCGACCCCGAUUAUGUAUAA